AUGUUAUUGUACAUAGGAUUUUUUUCAUCACGGCCUACGACGUGUGGAAUCUUAACUUCCCGACCAGGGAUCAAACCCGGGCCCUCAAAAGUGAAAGCAAAAUGGAAGAGUCAUGAACGCACCUCAUUCACACACACACAGUAUAAGGAGUUGGAGGCUCUGUUUAGCUGCAACAUGUUUCCAGAUAAAAACCUCCAGAGAGAACUUGCUUUAAAACUCAAUCUACCAGAAUCAACAGUAAAGAUUUGGUUCAGGAACCGGCGGUUCAAAAUGAAGAAGCAGCAGCAGCAGCAAGAGCAGCAAUCACCAAAGCCACCAAGCCAGGUCCUUCCAGCCAAGGAUGUGCCCACAGCAUCAACCAGCCCUCAUUCUUUUCUCCUUGCAGUUUCAGAUUCCUAUAACUCCCUCUCACCUCAGUCCUUAGACCCUUCCCCCUGGGCAGGGGACUCUAUGAUCAUGGAGAUUCCUACAAGUGAUGUCCAAAUGCAAGAUCCUCAAUUGGAGAGGCUAGUGGCCUCAGUUCCUGCUUUGUACUCUGAUGCAUUUGAUAUCACCCAAAUCAUGGAACUGUACAGUUUUCCCGAUGAGGAUGACAUCACCAACUCUUCCUUCUAUUCUCUGUAUCAGUAUCUCUCACCAACAAGGCCCAGUUAG